AUGCUUUCGACCUUUCAUAACAACACCCAAAAACGGCAGGCUCAUCUUGCCCCUGUCGUCAAACAGGAGAUGAAGCCGAAUACGACGCCACCCCCAACAUCUCCGCUUGCAACAUCAAACCCCAUAUUAACCUCACCACUCUCCCCCGCUUCACUGUUACCACCACCACCAGCCGCACUCACCGCUGAGCCAGCUGCCGUCAAUAUGUCACCUGUCAUCCCAUCCCUUCCACCCACUUCAACAACGGAGUCGACCGCCACCCACGCGAUGCCUCUCGUGAAUGACGAGAUGACUUUACCAACUCCAAGCACGAUGUCUAUCAUCCCAUCGCCUCUGCUUGCACCUGUGACUGACUCGUCUGAAGUUACCCAUGCGACGCCUCUUUCAAGCGACAUGGUAAACUUACCAUCCUCAGCGGCGCUACUCUCAGUUAGUGGACCAGAUGCUUCUCUGGUCAUUCCUUCUGCUCAACAAGGUGUCCCAUUGACUCCUGAUGGUGAUAGCCCUCUGGAUGGUGAGGAACUUGAAAACCAGCACAAUGCCGCCUUACCUGCGCGACUAGUGCGACCUGUUGGAACCCGCCCACUUGUCAAUCUGCUAAGAUCGAAGCAUUUCAGGGCACCGUCAGGACCAAGCAAGCGAUUGAUGGCCCUUCGCAAAGUUCAAGAUAAUAAGGCGUCUCAAGCGAAGUCAGCGUCCAACGCCAAGGUGGUGGACACACCGUCAAAGCAUGGUAGCUUCUGCUACCCCUACUUAUUACCGGCCUCUGACUCCUGGGUUGUGGCUAUUGACGCUCUCAUCAGCACCGUUAUACUGAUUACAGGGUGGAAGCUGCUUUUAUCGUUUGAGAUGGAUUUUUUUUACCUCGGUUUCGUUCAGUUAUGCUCGAUAGGAUGGGAUGCUGGGUUUUUGUGUGGUUUGAUGUGGUUCGGUUGUGGUGUUCACUUGCAAUUUGCUCUGGUUAGAUUUGGCUCGACUUGGUUCAACCUACCUAGCCCUUAUUUUCACUGGUACUCAACAACGGACUCGUCAUUGUCGACAACACGCUCUAAAAAAGUCAUCGGCACACCUUUGGCAGUGGCCAUUCGCCUCAUUAUGCUUCAGCAACGUUGCACAGGGAUUCACUCAGCUCUCAACCUUGAGUGCACCUCGCGAAUAUCCAGGAACAUUGCAAGCUCCAUGGCGCUGUGA